GGGGGGGGGGGUUCACCAGAUUUACUCAUAUGGUUUGAUCUCAAUGGAUUACAUGGCCAACUAAAGGUUAAAAUGGUGUCAGUCAUGUUAUGUCUGUGAAUUGUUCACGCAUGGUUAUCCUUGUUUGUGUGAGAUCUUGAAUAUGAAAGUGUCGCAUAUGUGAGAAUGUGUGUGUGAUCUAUUCCUGUGUGUUUGUGUGUUGACUUUGAAGUGUUCCGUGUGAACUCUCAGGAUCAUCUAGAGCCGUCUGUACCACCCGUCUGUAUUCCCUGAACUUAAACUGUGUCCUGCAGUGGGAUUGUCCACAGGCGAACGCCACCACCACCUACACCGUCCAAACUAAGACUCAGGGGUGUGUCUGACUCCUCAUUGCUCACUAUUGACUUAAUGGACUAGUAUCUAGUUCGACGGUUCCUCUCAGCUAAAUGCUGUUCUAAGAUUUGGGGUUCUGUCUGUCUGCUGUCUCCAUUGACCUAAUCCAUCUAGCUCAAAUAGUAUGCUGUAUUACUGUUUUGCUAUUUUCUAGAAUUGGUAGUGAAUUGUUUCCUAGAAAACCACUACAUUGACGUAUCUUCUGUAAUGUUUGUUCUGUGUGUAACUAUGUUAGUCAUUUUAAGUAGUAUUUUUAAGUAGUAUUUUUAAAUCAAGUCAUUGAAGGUUGUAAUCAGCAAUGGGAUUCUGACUAGUCAUUUACUUUUACAGUGAAGCAAAUAUGGAUAUUGCAACUGUUGGGAGUGUGAGGGGAAAGCUAGCCUAGAAAGGAAAUGGAAAGCAAAUGUAUUGUGUGAACAAAGCGCUCUAGCGAUGCGGAGAGGAGCCGGCGAGAGGGGUAGCGUGAGAGUGGAGAAUUUCAAACUUGUGGUUUUUGCAGAGAAACCUCAAAGGGUUUUAAUCCGAGAGAUGAAUCAGUCACUCGAGUCCAUGGUUGGUUGACUUUAUGGGUAGAUGGGCUCCGAUAGAUGGGCACUAUUGUUUCCUACCACAGCCGUGAAAACACCCUGGCUGCUCCUCUCCCCUGCCACCUGGUUUCAGUCAUAACCAUCACCACCCAUGUCAUCCAACAACCAGUGUGUGCCUGUUAUCUUGUGUGGGUAUUGCAUAUUUUCAGAAAGGACAUUUCCACAUACAUUUUAGAAGAUCGGAAUAAUAAAUACCACAUAGUUAAUCUCCGUGUUUGUGUAUGUUUCUAUGUGUACAGUAUAUAGUACCAGUCAAGUUUGGACACACCACCUCAUUCCAGGGUUUUUCUUUAUUUUGACAAUUUUCUACGUUGUAGAAUAGUGAAGACAUCAAAACUAUGAAAUAACACCUGGAAUCAUGUAGUAACCCAAAGUGUUAAACAAAUCAAAAUAUAUUUGAGAUUCUUCAAAAUAGCCACUCUUUGCCUUGAUAACAGCUUUGCAUUCUCUCAACCAACUUUGAGGUAGGCACCUGGAAUGCAUUUCAAUGAACAGGAGUGCCUUGUUAAAAGUACAUUUGUCGAAUGUCUUUCUUUCCUUAAUGCAUUUGAGCCAAUCAGUUGUGUUGUGACAAGGUAGGGGUGGUAUACAGAAGAUGGCACUAUUUGGUAAAAUACCAAGUCCAUAUUAUGGCAAGAACAGCUCACAUAUGCAAAGAGAAACAACAGUCCAUUACUUUAAGAUAUGAAGGUCAGGCAAUCUGGAAAAUUUCAAGAACUUUGAAAGUAAAAACCAACAAGCGCUACGAUGAAACUGGCUCUCAUGAGGACUGCCACAGGAAAGGAAGACCCAGAGUUACCUCUGCUGCAGAGGAUAAGUUCAUUCGUUACCAGCCACAGAAAUUGCAGCCGAAAUAAAUGUUCCACGGAGUUCACGUAACAGACCGAUCUCAACAUCAACUGUUCAGAGGAGACUGCAUGAAUCAGGCCUUCAUGGCCGAAUUGCUGCAAAGAAACCAUGAUUUCCGGAUGUGUGAUUCCCACCGUGAAGCAUGGAGGAGGAGGUGUGAUGGUGUGGCCGUGCUUUGCUGGUGACACUGAUUAAUUUAGACUUCAAGGCACACUUAACCAGCAUGGCUACCACAGCAUUUUGCAGUGAUACCAUCCCAACUGGUUUGCGCUUAGUGGGACUAUCGUUUGUUUUUCAACAGAACAAUGACCCAAAACACACCUCCAGGCUGUAUAAGGGUGAUUUGACCAAGGAGAGUGCUGCAUCAGAUGACCUAGCCUCCACAAUCCCCCGAUCUCAAAUCAAAUGUUAUUUGUCACAUGGUUAGUAGAUGUUAAUGCGAGUUUAGCGAAAUGUUUGUGAUUCUAGUUCCGACAAUGCAGUAAUAACCAACGAGUAAUCUAACUUAACAAUUUCACAACUACCUUAUCCACACAAGUGUAAAGGGAUGAGGAAUAUGUACAUAAAAAUAUAUGAAUGAGUGAUGGUACAGAACGGCAUAGGCAAGAUACAGUAGAUGGUAUCGAGUACAGUAUGUACAUAUGAGAUGAGUAAUGUAGGGUAUGUAAACAUUAAGUGGCAUUGUUUUAAGUGGCUAGAGUUGAGUCAGUAUGUUGGCAGCAGCCACUCAAUGUUAGUGAUGUCUGUUUAACAGUCUGAUGGCCUUGAGAUGGAAGCUUUUUUUCAGUCUCUCUCUCCCAGCUUUGAUGCACCUGUACUGACCUCGCCUUCUGGAUGAUAGCGGGGUGAACAGGCAGUGGCUCGGGUAGUUGUUGUCCUUGAUGAUCUUUAUGGCCUUCCUGUGACAUCGGGUGGUGUAGGUGUCUUGGAGGGCAGGUAGUUUGCCCCCGGUGAUGCAUUGUGCAGACCUCACUACCUUCUGGAGAGCCUUACGGUUGUGGACGGAGCAGUUGCCAUACCAGGCGGUGAUACAACCCGACAGGAUGCUCUCGAUUUGUGCAUCUGUAGAAGUUUGAGUGCUUUUGGUGACGAGCCGAAUUUCUUCAGCCUCCUGAGGUUGAAGAGGCGCUCCUGCGCCACCUUCACCACGCUGUCUGUCUGGGUGGACCAAUUCAGUUUGUGUGAACUCUUUCAAGACUGUUGGAAAAGCAUUCCUCAUGAAGCUGGAUGAGAGAAUGCCAAGUGUGUGCAAAGCUGUCAAGGCAAAGGGAGGCUACUUUGAAGAAUCUCAAAUAUAAAAUAUAUUUUGUUUAACACCUUUUUUUGGUUACUACAUGAUUCCUUAUGUGUUAUUUUAAUGUUUUGAUGUCUUCACUAUUAUUGUACAAUAUAGAAAAUAGUCCAAAUAAAGAAAACCCAUGAAUGAGUGUCUCUGAACGUUUGACUGUGUGUUGCAGUGAUUCGUGGCAGGACGUGGAGAGUUGUGUGCGGUUCUCCUCCCAGCUGUGUGACCUGUCCGAGGCCUUCUCUAACUUCGAGGUGUACAACAUGAUCCGCCUGGGCCUCCACCAGGGCCCGGGGAGUCCAGUCUGGACAGAAAAUCUGGGGUUUGGCGUCCGUGAUUUCAGUCAGUAGCCUGUCUCUAAGACCUGUCACGUAUCUUGCCAUGGCGAUUUAUUGUUCAAAUCAACAACAAAAAAGAAGAGCAUUUAACCAUUUUAAUACACUGCAGAGUUCAAAUAGAGAGGGCUAAAAUGGCUAAAGGCACUUGCAUGAAGAGAUUGUUGUGAUUUUGAAAUGAAAGUGGCUUUGUUUCUCUUCAGACUUCAGCAGUCCCUCUGUCUUGGUCUCUCUGUCUGGAGAGAGGCUGGGAGUGGAGGUGCACUUACCUUGUUCUAGCAAAAGGGAGUGUCUUCCUCUGCAGAGUUGCUGUCCACUGUCAAAUUUUAUUGACCUCUGCGUCACUGUGACAGUAUAUGACCGACAGAACCCCUCCGACUACAAGGUACCCCUGUUGCCAUCGGCGAUACCACUUUUUGCUGACCCUCCUCCUUUUGUCUUGCUCGGUCUCGUUCACACAUCCUUUUUACCUGCUGCUAUGUAAGUGGUACAAUGUUAAGGAGUGAGUGCACAGAAACUACACAUGUUUCCAGUGGUGUAAAGUACUUGUGUAAAAAUACUUUAAAGUACUACUUAAGUUGUUUUUUAGUCUAGCUGUAUGUAUGUAUGUAUGUGUGUGUGUGUGUGUGUGUGUAUUUUUUUUGUAAACAUAUUUUACUUCACUACAUUCCUAAAUAAAAGUAUGUACUUUUUCCCUUACACCCAAAAGUACUCGUUACAUUUUGAAUGCUUAGCAGGACAGGAAAAUGGUCUAAGUCACACACUUAACAAGAGAACGUUCCUAAUCAUCUCUACUGCCUCUGUGCCAUUGCAGACUCACUAAACCCAUGCUUCGUUUGUAAAUGAUGUCUGUGUGUUGGAGCGUGCCCCUGGCUAUCUGUAAAUUCAAAAACAAGAGAAUGGUGCUGUGUGUUUUGCCUAAUAUAAAGAAUUUGAAAUGACUUAUACUUUAACCUUUGAUACUUAAGUAUCAAAAGUAAAUGUAGUUGCUAAAAUAUACUUAAGUAAUACUUUUAGACUUUUACUCAAGUAGUGUUUUACUGGGUGACUUUCACUUGUUAUUUUCUAUUUAAAGUACCUUUAAAAAAAAAAUGUUUACUCAAGUAUGACAAUUGGGUACUUUUUCCAGCACUGGUUGUUUCUUUGCUGCAUUUUUUUUGUGUGUGUGCAUUUGUUAGUACAAGUGUCCUUGAUUGGCUCUCUGUGACACACUGUCUGAUACAGCCUCUCUGAUUGGCUGAUCCUCUUGCAUGUGUCUGAUACAGCGUUUGUGAUUGGCUGGUCCUAUUGCAGACGCAGACUGGUUUGGUCCAGACGAUGGUGUAUGGGGCAGAGUUCUCAAACCUGGUCCCAGGACAUGACUACUGUGUCGUGGCUAACUUCUCCGUCAGUCCGGCCACCUUCCCCCAGGCCUCGUCUCCUCCCUCGGACCCCAGUUGUGUCCACCAUGCUGGCCCAGGUCUAGGGUUGCAGCGAGUGUUGUUGGGGAUAGGAGUGUGUGCUGUACUCUUCUCUCCUCUCCUUGCUCUGGCUCUGUACCUGCUGAAACAAAAACGAGACGCACCACACGCAUCUCUUCAGGCAUUCCUCAAGGACCUGCCGGAGUCCCCUUCAGACCCUGUUGACCCCAGUGACAUUGUAGAUGACCACCUCUCCAUCCUGUCCUCUUUCUCCAGCUGUGUCUGCACCGAGGCCCAGGCCCCAAGCCUGGGUAAUGGGUACAACAGCAGCCCCUUCCUCAGUGACUAAAGGUCAGGAAACAUGCACUGGAACACUGAGGGAAUGGAACUGGACCUGAACUCAAGCAGCACCAUAUCCCUGCCAUGCUCCACUGUGCCUAUAGGCCUGCAUAUGAUCCAGUGCAGCUUUGAUUCACCUCGACAACCACAUCCAGGGCCCAAUGUGCCAGUUCUACCGUACCCUGGUUCUCUAUCUCUGUCAGAGGCCGUGGAGGGCCAGGUGGUCCCGCUGUGUUCUGUGAGGUUUGGGAGGGUGAGUGAGGGGGAUGGGGGUGAGAACCUUGAGGGACUACAGUGGCGUAACCUGUAGCAUGUUGCAUUGCAGUACUCACAAUGCCAUAUUUAACAUAUUCCUAUGGACUCCACAGUGCUGAGAGGAGUUCAAACUUUAUUGACCAUUUUUGUUGAAAAUUGUAAUUUUUUUUCCCCCCAGCUUACAGGCAUACAUUUUCAGUUCCAACAGGACUGUGGUAUGGUCCAGCACCUUACCAAGGUCAACCAUAACAGGGACAAUACUGGACAGUGCAAUCAUAAACACAUACACUCUUAGAAAAAAGGGUUUCAAAAGGGUUCUUCGGCUGUCCCCAUAGGGGAACCCUUUUCGGAACCAAAACUAUUCUUCCUGGAACCAAAAAGGGUUCUUCAAUGGGUUAUCCUAUGGGGACAGCCGACAAACCUUUUUAGGUUCCAGAUGGCACCUUUUUUUCCUAAGGGGGGUUUAUUAUUCUGACUCCCCUUUAAAUGUCCUUUGUCUACUGUACCAUGUGCCAAGUCUGUCUUUUCUGCUCUUUUUCUGUGUCAUAAUAGGUUGUACUCCCCCCUCUCUCUGCCUUGCUUCUGACUCACUGUUGCCCCAUCCCAUCUCCGGCCUGACCCCCACUCUCUUACCCGUGUCUGACAUCUCAUUCUGGGGGAGGAGGGUAGGGGAACAUCUCUCUCCUGCCUCUCGUUUCACUGGUGGUGCACUUUUCCCGGAACAUUAGAACAUUCGGGGGUAGAGACAGAGGAGACGUUGGAUGGGAAACAGUGAUUGGCCCUAUUGUUCUGGAAACCACAGCCUGCGUAUGGCUCAUAAUAAUAUCACUGUCUGGAGGAUUUUGAUUAAUGUAUUCAUGUUGUUGGUCUAAUAUUGGGGUUGGAUCAUGAGUCCAAACUAAGCAGUGUGUUUGCCUGCCAAUCAUAAACAUAACUUCUCAGGCAUCCAACAGGUAUCACAUCUAACUUUGGUUUUUGGAGCAACUUUUUAUGGGUUCUGCUGUAUUUGCAGUCAAUUCACCGGAAACCUGAUCCAAAAUGGUCGCUUUGUGGCUCACUCUUCACUGGUGUGUGCUGGCUAGCUCUGCAGCUGAGGUGGUGAAGUUGGAUUGGGGAUUUACGUGGUGUUUGACAGGCAGUAAAAAAUGUUGGGGGGGGGCCUUGCCUGUUAUGCAUGUGACAUUUAAUGCCAAAAUAACAUCAGUUUGCAAACAGUGCAAUAAAAAUAAAUGAGUUAAUAAAUCCGCAUACAAACAUGGUCUCUUUCUUGCUUUCUAAGGCAGCUCCAAAAUGCAGGUGUUUCAGCCUAGCUCAUUGCUUUCUUUGGUGGGUCAGCCAGUAGAAAAUAUGGAGUGCGGGUUUUGGUAAUGUUCUCUAGUUGCGCCGUGAUUGGCUCAGUGUUCGGUCACUCAUAGGGACACUACGUCACCGCUAAGUCUAAGGGUAGAGCUUAAAAAUUCAAACCUCUUGGGUUCUGCCAUAGUUAUGUCAACGUCAUACUUUCAAAAUCUUAGCUAGCAGUGAUCAUGAAUCAAGUUGAUAAUCUACUGGCAAAUCCUUUUUAAUCCUUGUAUAUGAAGAGAAACUAUAGAUAAAACGUAUCAGUACUCAUCGGCCAUUGGACAUAAACAUUACACAAGUUGGAAAUCGCAAAUUCAACAAUGAAGGGUUUGGAAGGAGUCCGUGGCUAACUGCAAGCAUUGCAAAGCAAUCACUAGCCUGCUUUUCAGUGGAGUUGCUGUGGUCCCAAGUCUGGGAUUAAGGGUCUCUUUUCCAAGUUUAAAAUUAUGAACAUUCAACUUUGGCCAUGCUGUCAAUGAUGCAUGAUUUGUGCCAUGCUCAAAACCACUUAACUCAGAACAGCGAAAUUGGGAGGAAAAAACGAGUUCCGAUUGGGGAAAAUACAUUUUGGUCGAACUCAGAAUCGGAACCCGGGCCUCUUUCUAGAGCUAUGACCUGAAGAUCACUGACGUCAUCAUGAUUCAACUCUUUUUGAGUUCCCAGUUGUCUUGGACCACCUUCCUGUUCAUGUAGCCUUCCUAUAACCUGUUUUUUGAGAAAUGUAAUCAUUGAAAGAGCUUUCAUUGUCUGCUUAUGUGCACCUUUAUUUAUCCUACAGUUCUGACUUGGUGUACAGGGAGAAUACCUUAAGAACGGCCCGUGUUCUGAAUUCUGUCACUGUACAUUUCAAAAGGGUUGAACAAGUUGACUACAUCCGUCCUAGCUCAUAUAUUAAAAAAUAAAUAAUCAAAAUCACAGAUUGGCUCUCCACUUGUCCCCUUAUUUACAUUUACAUUUAAGUCAUUUAGCAGACGCUCUUAUGCCAUAGUUUGUACAUCUCAACUGUCAGUUAAGCAAGCUGACUUAAACAUUUUUUUUGCAAGUCAGCCAUGUUUGUUUUAAUUUUAAAUGAAGUAAAUGAGGCUGAAUGAAUUGUUUUGCUGGCAGACAAGGCUCUGCUGAUAGCCAGGUGUAGCAGUGGUAAGGUGUUGGGACAGCUUUAUGUAUGCACCGUUUGUCACUGUUAUAGUGCAAUUAAUGUAUUGUUCGGUGUUGAGGCUUGGCUGGCAUGCCUCCCACAUUUUCUUUGUUUGUCCCCCAACCAAGAUUUACAUGCUAAAAUCGCCACUGUCACAGGGUGACCUUUUCGAAAAUGACUAAUUCAUGGGUCAGCUGAAAGUCUGCUCGUGUCUGGAAGUGAAUACAUGAUACCCUUGCUUUCCAUUCGGGUGCCAACUGUUCUGUAAAUGUCAAGUUUCAUAUUAACCAGAGAGGAGGGGGAAGAUGUAUAUGUGAGCACAGCAGAGCUUGGAAAAAAAAACACCACCCACAAGCCUAAUUAAAAACUGCUUGAAAUGAGCAACAAUGAGAUCAGCUUGAAGACUUUGUUGCGCAAUGCUCGAUAAGUGUAAUUGCUGAUGUUCGUUAUGUAUAGUUUCCAUUCCAACACCAUAAGGAAAUGUAAAUCGAGUGAACAAUGUUUGUCAUUUUGAAGUGAUUUUAUGUACAAUAUCUUGCUUUGUUUUUCCAUUUCCUAACCAGUUGUAUUUUUUUUAUGGUAAUCCAUUUACAAGUACAAUGAGUACUACUGUUCUUUUGUACACAAAAUAAAAAGCAACUAAAGG